UUGAUUGAGAUUCUUUCAUUUAUCACAAUUCUGUUGUGGUAUUAGCACAACUUUGGUACAGGAAACAAAGUUUGAUUUAAGGACAAAGCUAUUGGGUUAAGGACUCCGGCAUAGUUUGUUACUCGCCAGUCAUUGUUUUACUGGCAGUCAGUCGUGUAUUUUGAUUCACGGUCUCGCACCACGUGGGUUCUCAGUAUUUCUGUUCCCCGAGUUAGCCCCACUUUAAUAGUAUAAACAGAAACAAGGACUGUACCGGACAGAGAGGCCUUGACGUUUCAUACGGUGAAUCCACACGAAUCACAAGUCCAACUUCGGACGGACCACAUCAGCCCUUAUAUACAGAGUCUCAUCGUUGCCGAUACUUUACCGUACAGAGUUGACGACAGGAUUUGAUUAUUUACUUGAGUUGAUCACCUGCUCUAUCUCAACCAUGGUCUCCGUUACUGGUUAUCUAAUUGUACUCCUUGGAGUUCUUAUGGGAGCCUACUUCAGAUUCUUUUACAGAAGGAGGCGGAAGAACGAGCCUCCGUUGGUUACUGGACAUUUUCUUUGGGGCAGCGGCGAGGACUUCUCUAAACAAGCUGUAUCGUUUCUCAUACACAGAUGCCAAAAGACGGGGGAUAUAUUUACCAUUCGACUUCUGAACCAACAUUUGACAAUAAUCAUGGAUCCCCACAGCUACGAAAAUAUGGCCAGAGAAAGGAAUUUCGAUUUCGAUGCUAUACAGAAACAAGUGAACAGGAAUGUGUUCAAUUUCCAGUUGGUAGACGCCAGGAAGAUGCUGAAGGAAGCAGGGAAGACCGUUCGAGGGCCAUCGCUUACCAAGGGUAUGAGGGUCUUCUCUGAGCAUCUUAAUGAGAGCCUGUUCAACGCGGGAACAAUGGAUAUGAACGGCAACGAUCUGCCUGCAAAGCCCUCGUCAGAAUGGCAGACUGACGAGUUGAGAAACUUCACCUCCAAGACAUUGUUCUCCGCAAUGUUUUACACCAUUUUCGGCAAGGACAGCAGCCUCGACCUGAGCAAGUUUGAGCCACAGAUUGUCUACAGAAACUUUGAUCAGUUCCACAAGUACUUCAACUAUCUUUGGCUGGGGGUACCCGUCUGGCUCUUCCCUAAAGCGGGAGAUGCUUUGUCCGUGCUUGUCCAACAGCCCAGCUCAGAGGAUUUUCUCUCCAGAAACGACCUUUCGGAUUACAUUCGAUUCUCGAUGGAAUUCAUGAAGGACCGUGGUCAAUCAGAGUCUGACAUUAAGGGUCACAACUUAGUCUACCUCCAUGUUAACUACAACACAUUCAGAGUUGCCUUCUGGUGCCUGUACAAAAUCAUAGGAGAACCGGAAGCAUUGGCUGCUCUGAAGAAAGAGGUUUCCGCAGCUGUAAAUUCCAAGCUUUCUGGACGGUUUCCCGGAGAAGAAAACGACGACAUCAUGUUCAAUCAACAAGAACUGGAAGACCUCCCCAUAUUAGAUAGCAUCGUGCAGGAGACGUUGCGAGUGUCGAGCGGGGUGUUCAUGGUGAGAUAUGUGACAGAGGACACCAAGUUCACAAUGGACGACGGACAGACCUAUUCCAUCCGAGCUGGCGAUAGAGUAGCCAUAUAUCCUCCAGCAAUUCAUAAAGACCCGGAAAUAUACGCAGAUCCAGAGACUUUUAAAUACGACCGAUUCGUCAAUGCCAAAUUCUACAAAAACGGAAAGCAGCUUAAAAACCCCAUCAUGGCUUUUGGGUCGAUUUGUCCCGGUAAGCGUUACGCCAUCUUACAAGCAAAGUGGUAUCUGUUCACACUAGCUCAUAUGUUUGACUUUGAAUUGCUAGAAGGUGAACAGACAGACAUUGAUGUGAAUUAUUAUGGACACGAAAUCUUGCCACCAACAAAUGACGUUCAUCUUAGGUACAGAAUGAAAGACUGUUACAGUGAAGAUAAACACCCUAGGUUAUCGUUCGUUGAUUCCAAGCGAACAGCGAGCCCUAGUCUCAACGAGGUGUUCUGACGCACUGGAUAAAAAGGCAUCUGUAUUAUAAACAACACUAUUUAUUUAUUUAUUGUAUUUAUUACAAACAUGGGAAGCUGAUAAAAAGCGAGUAUUGAAAUUUUCAUCACUCAUGUUUGUAACAACUGUGGAAUCUCAAAUUUGGCUGAAGACCCGAACCAGUGUCUGACAGAACGUAAUGUACAUAAUAACGUAUACACCACGGAACGAAACUGCAAUCCCUAUGAGUAUCGUUGAGGCUCCACCACCUUCGAUUCCAAGCCAAGACACUCACAGGAAACUCAGCAUUUAUUUAUCUAUAUCUAUAUGUAUAGUACUUCAGCAAUACGGGUAAAUGUGCAAAAUACCAAAAGUACGACCACACCAUAUAGACCACCGGAGCUGAAUCUACAUUAUCCAGCGGACAGCACCGGGCUGAUCAUCACCUGCUCUACACCGGGGCUUAAUUCUUCCGAACGAGGAGUGCAUCACCCUUAUUGCUGUACUACUCUUCAAGACCUCCACCUCUUCACAAGUGUACAGUCGUUGACAAACUCUUUAUGCCAACUGUUUUUAAGUUGGCUUGGAACUGCCAUUGUAUUGACGAUGUGCGCUGUAGAGCCGACAUGGUUUGGUAUGGCUUAACUGGAAACUUUAACGAAACAGGGUCUCGAUUUUGUGUGGACUGAACGUGGCCAGGGUAACUUUUUAACCUCUGUCAACUAACUCUGAAUAGCUAUGUGGCAGAGGUAGAGAAAGACAAACUCAUUUCAUCAGAUUCUCAAGCCCCUAAUAUGUGAUAACAUUUCCGUCUCUAUCAACACCAUCCAUUGUAUAUAGAAUUUGAUGAAUUAGAUCUUCCUUCCAUAUAUGUUGUGACUAUGUGUUGUGUGUGCCUGUUGAAUGUGGAGCUAGUCCGUGUCCAGUUUCAUCUUUUCGACGAUCGUGUGAUGCCCGGGAUUUCUCUUCUUGAUGCUUCACACAGAGAACUCAGUAUUUCUACAUACAUUAUUGCAUUGUUUGUGAAGAAAUUCGCCUCAAUCAAUGUCUUUAAGUCGGGCACACUGGAUAAAAUAAUAUACGGAGAAGGCGGCGAGUAUAUCUGUGUUGUCUGUGUAGAAACGUUUUUGUUUUAUAAACAGGUUGUGUGUGUUGUUUAAAUCGUAAGACCAAAAUUUGUUGUGGAGUUAAAGUCUUGUAAAUUUCGUUUUCGCAAGAUAGUUUUACUAACAUGUCCUAAGCUGUUGCAAGUGAGCCCGUCCUUAUAUAUGUGUGGAGUGUUUUAAAGUCCAUUCAUGUACAAUGUAUAGAAAUGGGCAUGCUGGCAGAAAUGCCAAAGUAAUCGUCAUAAUUUAUUCACAUGUUUGUUUUUUUUUCCUGACAUCCUCAAAGUUGUAACUUAAUACGUUCUGCCCAAAGACUGAAUUAUUAUAUUGGUGCUUAUGUAUUUAUCUUAUCUGAGGCUAAAAAUCUAAUAAAUGAAUUUUUUACGUAAACAUCCCUUAUCAUUGUAUAUUCUUUAGAAACCGAAAUAGAACUGUAUAAAGAUGUUU